AUGGCCGAAUCUACUCGUCGUUCCGGCAGACAGCGCAGGGUCAAUCCAAAAUAUGCACAUGAUGGAUGGGAUAAAGAGACUCUACGAAUUCUACGCGCAUCUUCAGAAUCAUCUGGCUCGAGCCCUGACGAAUCUUCACAGUCGGGAGAUCUACAAGAGGACGAUGACUUUAUUACUGCUCAGGCCGACGCAGCUCCUGAUAUUUCGUCUCAGGGCGAGACAGCUUCUGCCUUUUUGACCCAGUCUUCAGAUGUCGACACGCACGAUGAGGAGGAAGAUGACCAAAUACGCGUUUCCUCAGAUGAAAAUAUUCCUGAUGCUCCGAGAAUGAGAAAUAACAUUCGAUCAGUGUAUGCAAACGCCGCUAGCACAACGGCUCAUUCUCGUGGCCUUCAGUCUGGACACCAUCUCCGCGCGAAAGGUUCAGCAUACCCCAUUACCUUUGGCCCUGAGAUCGGCGACUUAUUUGACGUUCUCCAAGCUCGAGAUACUUGGCUGAAGGGACGUGAUGUUACAAUUCCCAGCCGCCGGACCUUGUCUGCUGCCAUCAAAGCGCCGAGCUUUUCUCGCAAGUGUAGUGUUGAAACCCGUCAAGAAUCUGGUGCAGAAGACACAAAGACGUUGGAUUCGCUUCCGCUGGGCGAGUCGAUCUCCAGAAAUCAACUCGCGCAAGAGAUCCCGGAAGAAGAUUUGUAUUCAAAAUAUUUGCUCCGUGGCCGCCCAUCACAUUCAAUCAUCAUCGGCCCGCGAGGCAACCAGCGAAAAAUAGCCCUUGAUUAUCUGUCUGCCCUAGACUUUGGCCAAGCAUGGGUGAAGUAUUCAGAGCAAGAGAUUACACAAACUGUCCCCAGUCGAUACCACGAAGGCUGGUUAGUCAAUGUGGGAGACAAAGUUCAAUCUCUGGCUUGGGCUCCCUCUGAUGGUCCGGUCCAGUACCUCGCCGCUGCUGUCCGAUGCUCAUCUACUCAGCGACGUUUGGCUUGCGAGGAAGAGAGAGACCGACCGGCGUUUUAUUCGUCGCCUCCAUAUCCCUCAAGCAUCCAAAUCUGGGCAUUCCACACCAAAUCUACCGAAUACCCGGGAGUACGAAAACUGAGCAUGAACACGGAGCCCUAUCUGAGCAUUGUUUUGGCAACCGAAUGGGGCAACAUCCGUCAACUCAAAUGGUGCCCCGUUGACCGUGUAAGAGGGAUGGGCGACGAACAAGAACAUCCGGGAAAAACAACCACGGACAUCCACGUAUUGGGGGUGAUAUCCAGUGACGGUUGUGCCCGAGUUCUCGCCGUUCCUCUUCCAGCUGGGUCCGGUUCAGUGACCUCUACUUCUCUUCGAAUGGAGCGAGCGGGCAUUAUUCUUCGGCCCCCCCCGGAAACAAUAUUCACAACCCUAGCAUUCAUGUCCCCCACCGAUCUCAUUCUCGGUGCGGGAGAUGGAUCAGUGCACCUUUUUGAUCUGACCGAACAGGCCCACGACGAUGGGACAUGCCGCAGCUACGUGAGGCAUCAACUUCACCAUACGUGUGUGAUCGCUCUUUGCGCAGCCUUACCAAGUCCGUUCUCGACGUUUGUGGCGAGCACUUCUGCCUCCGGCGAUCUGAUGUUGACAGACUUGCGAAACCCCGACCAAGACAGGAUAUCGUUGCCUCGAGCAUGCUUUCCAAAUCGUGACCUCAUUUUCUCUCCUUUUAGCCGCUCAUUCCUCACUGCUCUCGAUCGAGCAGGAAACACCCGCCUCGAAGCAAACUCGGCUACAUUUGUUGUCUGCCACCAUCUCCGUCAGUUUCCCAACAGCUUGAAGGUAGCCAAAUUACCGGACUAUAGCGGGGCGGCAACGGCUCUGGCUGGAUCGCGAUGGCAUCCUUCCAUCGUGGUCGGAAACGCUCGUGGACAAAUUUUCGCAACCAACUAUCUACGCCGGGUUCUUCCCUACAGAAAGAAUGCCCCUCGUCAAGCAGCAAGCGCCUAUCUGCAAAAGAUUUGCGAGUAUGAUUGGCGGGCCUUAGCAGUGGAAGAAGGAGGACAGAAGGAAAAUACUCUGGGGAAGCGGAAAGACAUCGAUCUCUAUCAUGGACAGGAUGCGAAAGCGGGAGUAUCUCGAUUCGACGAAGGGUUCAAACUUGAGAAGAUUGAAGUCGGCAACGUUCCACCCUCGAAAAAGAAAUCACAAAGAAUGGAGGUGGGAGCGACAGAGGCCAUUUUCGAAGAAGAGCAGGCGGUCACCGCCAUUGACUGGAAUCCUAAUGCUCCAUGUGCGGGCCUGGUGGCGAUAGGCUGGGGCAGUGGAAUCUUCAGGGUACAGGAUCUUGCUCAUGAUGCAGAAUGA